GCCAAUAUUACUGCGUGUAGAUCUAAGGUUUACAGGAUGAUUGACGCAGAUAAGAAAAAGCGAGCUGAAGUUCGAGAUUCAUAUAGGAAUCAAAUAUUUCAUUUUCCGUCUUCUGUUCCAACAUUAAGCACUACAGAAUCAACGACAGAGUUAAAACAGUCAAAAGAUGUUUCAGAGAGUAAGAUAGAGGAACUGCGAAACAUAAAAGAAGCAAACAGAAUGCUUAAAAGAAAAGUUACACGUAGGGAGGACUCCUUAGAGAAGAAAGUAGCUGCAAAGACUCGAAAACUAGAAAAAAUUACUGAAUCAACUCAACAGAAGUUAAAGAAAUCAGAGGAGUCAUUGAAACAAAAGACUGAGAUUCUCGAAAAGAAAAGGCAAAAGCACAGUCAAGACAUUUUUAGCUUUAGACAGUUAAAUAAUUAUGUUAAAACCCUGAAAAAACAUAUCGAUGGUGUUAAUGUAGUGCUUGAAGAAAGAUCUCGUGAACAUAAAGUUUUGGAGGAAGAAUAUAUCAUUCUACAACAGCAAAACAAGGAAUUAGAAAAAAGUGUAGAGUAUUUGCAAGGAUUGAUAAACGAUACUGAUGAAAUUAUUGUUUGUGAUCCUUCAAUAAAUAUUUAUUCAAAUAGAUUAAUUGAAUGUGUGAUGAAUCUUACUAACUUAAAGAUCGCAACAAAAAAUGUUGGGCCUGUUAUACAGGAAGUGACUACACUUUUGGGAAAACGAGUGAACCGUCUUCCAUCCCGCCAGACUGUUGACAAUAUUGUGGAUAGAAAAGUGUCAAUGUCACAAAAGCAGGUAUCACAAACUAUAGCGAAAGAAAAAGAUACCACCCUUUACACUGAUGAAACAAGGAAGCAUGGACAUACUUAUCAAACCUACAUUUUAACCGAUAAGAGUCAGAAUUCUUAUCUUUUGGGCCUUAGAGAAAUGGUGAACAAAAGUGCACAAUGUACAUUGGAUGUGUUGAAAGAAAUCCUAUUUGACAUCUCAACUCAUUGUAAGGAGCUAUCCGAGGCAAAAAACUUUAGUGUUGGGUAUGAACUAUUAUGCAAUAUAGCAAAUACCAUGUCUGAUAGAGCCAGCACAGAAAAAGCAUUCAAUACCUUGCUAGAGAGCUACAAAGAAGAGGUCUUGCCAAAGGUUAUAGAUAAUUAUAAUGAACUUUUAGUCGAGGAAAAAUCUCACUGUGGGAAAAUUAACAAUUUCUUCUGCGGAUUGCAUCUUCUUUGUGGGAUGGCUGAUGUAUGUGAGGCUGGAAUGAAGAAAUAUGAAACUGGCUUCUUAGAUGGCAAGGAAAUAGGAUCUUCUGUCAAGCCUGAACUGAAGCGAUUCCAUAAGGCAGAGAGUGGCACAUUAAGACUACUCCGCUCUUGUAGUAAAUCGUUUGCAAGAGGAGAAGAUGAAAAAAAUGGAGUGUAUUUGCCUUUUAAUACAUAUUUAAGUCAAAAGAAAGAAAAAAACCAAAUUUUAAGAUUCAAACAUAACAGAUUCAAUAUGAUAUUCAUGAUGGGUCAAGCCGUCUAUUACCACAAGGAAGAUAUUUUUAUAUUUCUUGACAAAGAGCAUGGUUUUACAAACACCUUACUUAAAGCAGUACAUUUGGACAUUCAGGAAAAGCUCUACUUAUCUGGAUGCAAAGCACUCAGACUGAUAUCUAAAUUUGUAACAGCCCCACUUUGGAGAAUUAUCGAAGCACCUGGACACAUUUUAGAUAUGAAUGAACAGUACUAUGCCCUAGUGACAUUUUUGGAUAAAGCGAGUAGUGAUAUUGAUUUCACUUUGAAAUUUAUGAAUGGUGAAUGUACCCCGUUUGAAAAUACCAGUAUUGAUGAUAAUGAUAAAAUCUCAAGAUGCUCGUUAAUACCCAAUGAAGAAGUUGAUGUAAUCUUAGGCCCACUAUUGCAGUCAUUAUUUACAGCCAUAAAAGAACUGUUACUUAGAAUGGUGCCAGAACACUUGCCAGGAGGCAAAUUUUGGAAUCCAGAUGAAUCUUUACUGGAAGAAGUUUCCUCAGCAAAAAAGCAUAAUAAACUUCCUGAAUUCGUAUUUGGACAGUUAGACCAUCUAAUAUCCUACAGACCUAAUGCAUCCUUACUUGCAAAUGAAGCAUACAUUAUGUUCAGUUUCAACAAAACAUCUACAUGGUUGAGAGAACUUAGCGAGGAUGAAAAAAACAGGCUUCUAGAUGAAUCCAGAAAAGAAGGAAGAGAAAUAAGGAAAGAAUUCAUUUCAAGAACAAAAUCCAUAAGUGAUGAGCGUUUCCGGUUACAAAAGCUCAAAAAACAAGAGAUGGAGAGGUUGGAAGCAAGUAGGAUUCAGCGAGCAGAGUGUAUGACAAAUGAUGUGUGUUAUUAUGGUUUAUGGCAGACAGUGGAUCAGAUUAAAGAAGGAAUGGACAAGUUAAGUGGUAAUGAUAAAGAAUUAAGAUGUGCUCUUCAGACUCAAUUAAAGUUUCGUAAAUCAGUACUCCAUCAGAAGCAUUCCGACAAACAAAUUUUCAAUUUAUCAAAGAAAGAACCAGGUGGCAAAUAUCGUAAAUUAUCAGUAAAAGAACUAAGAGACAAUUUAUGUGAAUUAGUUAAAACUGCCUUCGAUGCCGGUUCUAAGUCAGAAGUUUCUGCCUAUGAUGUGCCUUUAUUAGUAGAUAAAAGGAUUUUACACAAAUUUGCAGAUGGACAAGAAUAUCCCGGUUAUGUGAUCAAUGUUGUUCCAGGCUUCCCUCAAUGGUACAAUGUUAAAUUUGAUAAUGAUGAUGCUAUUUACUCAUACAAUUUGCAUGAGGAUUAUAAGAGGGGGGACUUAAAACUGUCAGUUUCUCAGGAAAAUGCUUAAACAUUUUAAAGUAUAAUACUUUUUGUAUUUUCAGAAGGCAUUUGAGUUACUACAUGUAAUUUUACUAUUCUUGCAUUAAGAUUGAUAUUUUUUAUCAUUGUAUGUGAUUUUUGAUAAUGUUAUAAUCAGAGAUAUUUAUUAUUUUUAGAAGA